UAUGGCUGUUAAUGGUUUUAUGCUGAAUGAAAAAUCACUUUCUUGCACUCUUUGUUCUAAACUUUGCUUAGAAAGAGAUGCAACAAUUCUUACCCAUCAUCAUUCUAAUUUCUGUAUGGAAUGUUUGCAACAAUUAAAUAUAUCCAAUUCAGAAAUCACUUGUCUCUGCAAUGAAAAAACUCAAUUGGCGAAAAAUCAGAUUUGUAACUUGGAAAAAAAUAUACUUAAAGAUGUCAAAACUGUAAAAUUAUGUCCGAAACAUUCAAAAGAAUUGUCGUUAUUCUGUAAAGUACAUAAUAUUGGAAAUUUGUGUACAAAAUGUUUUGAGGAAUGUCAUCUAAACUGUGAAAAUAAUACACAAGAAAACUUGUUAGAAAAAUACAUAGAUGAAGAUAAAAGUUAUCACAAAGCUAUUUAUAAUAGAAUUGAUCAACUUCAAAAGAUAUGGAUAUUAAAAGUUGAGAAAAAUUUUACAGCUUUAAAAAAAAAAGUUCAAGAUGUGAGCGAUAAAAGAAUAAAUAUUUUAAAUGAUCUUUUUAAGCAAGAUAUUACUUUGAAAAAAAAUUGUGAUGAAUUAAAAGAAUUUUUAAAUAAAAAAAUUGAAUUUGAAUUGUUAAAUGAUUUUUCACUUAACUAUUCAUUGGAAAAUAUGGAUUAUAUACAACGUUUUGUAAAAGGUGGAAGGAAACUGCAAUUUUCUGCAAAAUGCAAAACUGAUAAGGAAAUUAAUUAUGCUAUUGAAAUGAUACACUCCAAUUCUGAUGUGGAAAGUAUUGACUUAUCUUGUAAUAAGAAAUUGGGAGAUGAUAAAUUUUCAAAAAUAUUUCAGCAACUUUAUAAAUCUUCAACUGUUCUAAAAGAAUUGAAAUGUUCAAAUUGCGAUUUAAGUGAAAAUAAUAUGGAAGCCAUUGAAAAUUUAAUAUCAAAUUGUUCAAACAUUGAAAAAAUUAAUAUUUCAAAAAAUUCAAAUAAAGGAACAGGAAUUUCAAAAAUUGUUCAUGGACUGUUCAAUUCUUCAAAUAGUUUAAAAGAAUUAAAUUUUAGCUUUUGUGAUUUGGACAAAUCUACUACAAAAAACAUUGGAAUUUUGUUGAAUUGUUGUAAUUCAAUUGAAAAUAUAGAUUUGUCGGGAAAUUUACGAAUAGCCAAUAGAAUAACAUGUGUAUUUCUUGGACUAUUAAAUUCAACAAACACCUUAAAGGAAAUUCAUUUACUUGGCUGUGAUUUAGCUGAAAAUGAAUGUAUCAAUAUAGGACAUAUGCUCAUGAAUUUUCCUAAAAUUGAAAUAAUCAACAUUUCUGAAAAUGAGAACAUGGGUAAUGGAGUAUCAAGUAUUUGCUCUGGACUUGUCACAUCAGCAGAUAGUUUAAAAGAAAUCUAUAUGCGAAAUUGUAAUUUGGAUGGAUACCAGAGUUCUUGUCUUGGGAAUCUCUUAAAAAAUUGCUCUAAAUUUAAAAUUAUCGAUUUAUCAGGGAAUUCAAAGAUGACAUUUGGAUUUUUCAAUAUAUGUCAAGGUCUUCUUAGAUCUUCGAAUACUCUUGAAGAAAUACUUUUUAUUGGAUGCGAUUUGAAACGAAAACAGAGAAAGCAAUUGGAAAAAAUGUUUCAUAACAAAAAUGUGUUUUUGUAA